AUGAUGGUUCUUAAGAAAGCUUCUGGUCCGGCAGCCCCCGUGCCUCUGGCGUCCAUGUCUGUGCCCUCCAUGUGUCUGCCCUCGGUGAUGCCGAGCUGUUGCGCGGCUGUCAUCUGUUCAACUGCCCUGCAUCACUCCGCCCUCUGUGGUGUCGGCCUCUGCGCCAUCGCCCUCUAUGAUUUUGUUCCCUGCGGCUCUGACCGUUAUGCUGCCGGCCUCUGUACGGCCGGCUCCUGUGCUCCAGCCCCUUGUUGUUCCACCGCCUGUACCGCCAGGCCCUGUGUACCCUCUCCCCGGUCCCUGACCGGCACAUCAGUCACCAGCCACACUCCCGGCCACGUUCGACUCCUCCUGACGUCAUCAGUUCAACCCGACGCUUGGGAGCCCAGAAUACAAGUCCAGUUAAAUUAUCCUCCUCCGCCACGGGGGUCCUCGCCCUCGUCUCCGCCGCCGCCGCCGUCCCUCCCUCAGCCGCCGCCGCCGCCGUACCUCCCUCAGCCGCCGCCGUCCCUCCCUCAGCCGCCGCCGCCGUCCCUCCCUCAGCCGCCGCCCCCGUCCCUCCCUCAGCCGCCGCCCCCGUCCCUCCCUCAGCCGCCGCCGCCGUCCCUCCCUCAGCCGCCGCCGCCGCCGCCCCUCCCUCAGCCGCCGCCGUCCCUCCCUCAGCCGCCGCCGCCGUCCCUCCCUCAGCCGCCGCCCCCGUCCCUCCCUCAGCCGCCGCCCCCGUCCCUCCCUCAGCCGCCGCCGUCCCUCCCUCAGCCGCCGCCGCCGUCCCUCCCUCAGCCGCCGCCCCCGUCCCUCCCUCAGCCGCCGCCGUCCCUCCCUCAGCCGCCGCCGCCGUCCUCCCUCAGCCGCCGCCGCCGUCCCUCCUCAGCCGCCCCCGUCCCUCCCUCAGCCGCCGCCCCCGUCCCUCCCUCAGCCGCCGCUGUCCCUCCCUCAGCCGCCGCCGCCGUCCCUCCCUCAGCCGCCGCCGCCGUCCCUCCCUCAGCCGCCGCCGCCGUCCCUCCCUCAGCCGCCGCCCCCGUCCCUCCCUCAGCCGCCGCCCCCGUCCCUCCCUCAGCCGCCGCCGUCCCUCCCUCAGCCGCCGCCGCCGUCCCUCCCUCAGCCGCCGCCCCCGUCCCUCCCUCAGCCGCCGCCGUCCCUCCCUCAGCCGCCGCCGCCGUACCCCCCUCAGCCGCCGCCGUCCCUCCCUCAGCCGCCGCCGCCGUCCCUCCCUCAGCCGCCGCCGUCCCUCCCUCAGCCGCCGCCGCCGUCCCUCCCUCAGCCGCCGCCGCCACCGCCGUGAACGCGGCACCGACAACGACCAAUAACAUCUUCCGUGUAUUCCCUUACUACUUAAUUCCUCCCCUCCCGUCGACGUGCUUCGACGGAGACAAAAUGUGGUUCGGGAAGCAGGAGACGAUGAGGGAGAGCAUGUGGAAUGCGCGCCAGUUUCCCCCUAACACCGGCCAUAUUGAUUUUGUUGCAAGAGAGAUAUGCUUGGACAAGGUCCACUCCCCCAGCCGCUGCAAUGGCUAUUUCCCUGCCAUUUAG